AUGGCGGAAGGAGUUCUCUUCAACGUUGCAGCACGGAUCAUCGGAAGGCUAGGCUCCCUUGCUUUCCAAGAGAUCGGAUUGAUCUGGGGUGUCCAAGAUGAGCUCCACAAGCUCCAGGAGAUAGUUGCCGGAUUCCAAGGUGUUCUUCUUGACGCUGAGCAAAAGCAAACCAACAAUGAAGUCAGACUGUGGCUCGAAAGCGUAGAAGAUGUAGUUUAUGAAGCCGAUGACCUGCUGGAUGAGUUUAAUACUGAAGCUCAGCAGAGACAAAUGAUGUGUGGCAAUACUAAGAUGUCAAAGAAGGUACGCCUCUUCUUCUCUAGCUCAAAUCAACUUGCUUUUGGGCUAAAGAUGAGUCAUAAGAUAAAAGAUAUUAACAAGAGGCUUCGUGAGAUUGCAUCUCGUAGAGCCUUUCCCUUAGAAGUAAAUUGUGAAGAUACACGAUUUAUAAUUAGAGAGAGGAUCACUCACUCAUUUGUCCCUAUGGAAAAUAUUAUAGGGAGAGAUGAAGAUAGAAAGGCAAUUAUUCAACUUUUGUUGGAUCCCAUCUCAACUGAGAAUGUGUCAACCAUUUCCAUAGUUGGAUUUGGAGGAUUAGGGAAAACUGCUCUUGCCCAACUCAUAUUCAACGAUGAGGUGAUUCAAAAUCAUUUUGAGUUUAAAAUAUGGUCAUGUAUCUCUAAUGUAUUUGAGUUGGAUAUACUUGUUAAGAAAAUACUAAAAGUUGACAAGAUUGAUAUGGAUGAGCUGCAAAAUGAUCUUAGAAGAAAAGUAGAUGGAAAGAAAUACCUAAUUGUGUUGGAUGAUGUGUGGAAUGAGAAUCGGGAGAAAUGGCUUAGCUUGAAGUACUUGUUAAUGAGGGGUGGAAAAGGUAGUAGAAUACUAAUAACCACUCGUAGUGAAACAGUUGCGACGAUAUCAGACACAGCUAAACCGUACACCUUAAGGGGUUUGAAUCAAGAGGAAAGUUGGUCUUUAUUUAAGGAAAUGGCUUUUAAAGAUGGAAAAGAACCAGAGAAUUCAACAAUUAAGGCAGUUGGGAAGGAGGUUGCAAGAAAAUGUCAAGGAGUUCCACUCGCAAUAAGGACAAUAGGUGGGAUGUUGCGCACCAAAUAUCACGAAACAGAAUGGUUGAAUUUCAAAGAAAAUAAACUUUCAAGAAUAAAUCAGGAAGAAAAUGAAAUUUUACCAACACUUAAACUAAGUUAUGAUGUGCUCCCAUCACAUUUGAAGCAUUGCUUUGCUUACUGUGGCUUGUUCCCACCUGAUUAUGAGAUCUCUGUAUCGAUGUUGAUUAGACUUUGGGUGGCGCAAGGGUUCAUCAAGUCAUCCGGUGAAAACGAGAGUCUGGAGGAUGUUGCGUAUGAAUAUUUUAUGGAAUUGUUGUGCAGAUCGUUUUUUCAAGAAGAAGAAAAAGAUGAGUUUGGUGUAAUAAAAAGUUAUAAAAUGCACGAUCUCAUGAAUGAACUUGCAGUCUCAGUGUCGGGGGUCGGAAGCGCCGUAGUUGAUCUGAACCGAAAGAAAUUUCAUGAAAAGCUUCGUCAUAUUGGAUAG